UAAUGAAUGAAUGAAUGAAAAUGAAUGACUGCAUGACUGGAUAUGCGGAUGAGUGAAAUAUGAAUGAAUGCAAAGAUCGUUUGACCCGUCUCUAUCAUUAUUGUUAUUCUUAUUAUUAUGAUUAUUAUUAUCAUUUCUCUUGAUCAUUUUCCUUCGGUUCUCUCCCCCCCGUUGCCCUUCUCCCCUUUGUCCGUCCCAUCUCCUCUUGCUCUUGAUUAUUUUUAUUUUUCUUUUCAAUUUUACCCUUUUUCCUUUUUACUUCCAUUUUUCCCCUGCUGCUUAAUUUUAGGUUUCCAGGUCCCUUCCCCAUUCCCCUUCCCUUCCAUUCCCAUUACCCUCUCCCUCUCUUUCUUUUCUCCCCCCGUUCUUCAAUCGCCAUGGCCCCUCUCUCCCGAUAUCAUCAUCAUUCUUUCGCAUUCGGGUCUUUCGGCCCACACAAUCCCUUUCUCUCUCUUCCCCCCUCCCAAGGGCCAGCGACUAAUAUCCGAGGGAGAGAUCUUUUACUAGUACGAAAGUGAAUCCACUAAAAACCCAGCGUCCCGACGUAGAUCACCCAACGGGUCAAACACGCCGCCGCCUGGACGAGCAAGGGGAGCAAGGUGCUAUAAAAAUAAAUCCCGAAGCCCAGACACGGAUAUCCAUUCAUACAUACAUCCAGACAAC